GCUGCCCCCGGGAGGGUCUUAGCUGUGGCGCGCGGGGCUCCGUCCGGGCUGGCUUCCCCGCUGGAGGCCCGAGCUCCCUCUUCAGCUAGGUUCUAUUGGUCUUCCUGGGCGGGUCAGCAUUCAGUCUUCGCCCACCUUAGAUCCCUCCACUGCGUGUAAAACUGCCUUGGAGUGCGGAUCUGUGAUGCUCCUGGGCCAGGCCUAGAGUGGGCACAGCCUCUGUGGGAGAUGGUGACAAGAUCAAAGAGUAUACCUUUUACGGCUGUUCCUCACAGCUCCUUUUAUUCUCCCUCAAGUCCCGACCCUUUACUGGGCCCAUCCAACCCGCCAUCACCUCUUCCCAAACCCUGGAGGCUGCAGGUUAGAACUGCAUUAAGGGAGCUGUCAACAUACGGAAUUGGAGUAGGCUAUGUACCUUGCAUCUAGGCUUCUGUCUGAACAUAAGGGGGAAUGAACAAAGCCAUGAAAAGCAAUGACCUUGUUAAGAAAAGAAAGAAAAGAAUGACAGCUUUGUGGCCUUCAAGUUAUCUGGGAACAAAGCAGGACAAGUCUGGGCACCUGAAGGAUCUACUGCUUUCAAGUGUUUGCUUUCAGCAAGGUUAUGUGCUGCUCUCCUGAGCAACAUCUCUGACUGUGAUGAAACAUUCAACUACUGGGAGCCAACACACUACCUCAUCUACGGGGAAGGGUUUCAGACUUGGGAAUAUUCCCCAGCAUAUGCCAUUCGCUCCUAUGCUUACCUGUUACUUCAUGCCUGGCCAGCUGCAUUUCAUGCAAGAAUUCUACAAACUAAUAAGAUUCUUGUGUUUUACUUUUUGCGAUGUCUUCUGGCUUUUGUGAGCUGUAUUUGUGAACUUUACUUUUACAAGGCUGUGUGCAAGAAGUUUGGGUUGCAUGUGAGUCGAAUGAUGCUAGCCUUCUUGGUUCUCAGCACUGGCAUGUUUUGCUCAUCAUCAGCAUUCCUUCCUAGUAGCUUCUGUAUGUACACUACGCUCGUAGCCAUGACUGGAUGGUAUAUGGACAAGACUUCCAUUGCUGUGCUGGGAGUAGCAGCUGGGGCUAUCUUAGGCUGGCCAUUCAGUGCAGCUCUUGGUUUACCCAUUGCCUUUGAUUUGCUGGUCAUGAAACACAGGUGGAAGAGUUUCUUUCAUUGGUCGCUGAUGGCCCUCAUACUAUUUCUGGUGCCUGUGGUGGUCAUUGACAGCUACUAUUAUGGGAAGUUGGUGAUUGCACCACUCAACAUUGUUUUGUAUAAUGUCUUUACUCCUCAUGGACCUGAUCUUUAUGGUACAGAACCCUGGUAUUUCUAUUUAAUUAAUGGAUUUCUGAAUUUCAAUGUAGCCUUUGCUUUGGCUCUCCUAGUCCUACCACUGACUUCUCUUAUGGAAUACCUGCUGCAGAGAUUUCAUGUUCAGAAUUUAGGCCACCCAUAUUGGCUUACCUUGGCUCCAAUGUAUAUUUGGUUUAUAAUUUUCUUCAUCCAGCCUCACAAAGAAGAGAGAUUUCUUUUCCCUGUGUAUCCACUUAUAUGUCUCUGUGGUGCCGUGGCUCUCUCUGCACUUCAGAAAUGUUACCACUUUGUGUUUCAACGAUAUCGCCUGGAGCACUAUACUGUGACAUCGAAUUGGCUGGCCUUAGGAACUGUCUUCCUGUUUGGGCUCUUGUCGUUUUCUCGCUCUGUGGCACUGUUCAGAGGAUAUCACGGGCCCCUUGAUUUGUAUCCAGAAUUUUACCGAAUUGCUACAGACCCAACCAUCCACACUGUCCCAGAAGGCAGACCUGUGAAUGUCUGUGUAGGAAAAGAGUGGUAUCGAUUUCCCAGCAGCUUCCUUCUUCCCGAUAAUUGGCAGCUUCAGUUCAUUCCAUCGGAGUUCAGAGGUCAGUUACCAAAACCUUUUGCAGAAGGACCACUGGCCACCCGGAUUGUUCCUACUGACAUGAAUGACCAGAAUCUAGAAGAGCCAUCCAGAUAUAUUGAUAUCAGUAAAUGCCAUUAUUUAGUGGAUUUGGACACCAUGAGAGAAACACCCCGGGAGCCAAAAUAUUCAUCCAAUAGAGAAGAAUGGAUCAGCUUGGCCUAUAGACCAUUCCUUGAUACUUCUAGAUCUUCAAAGCUGCUGCGGGCAUUCUAUGUCCCCUUCCUGUCAGAUCAGUAUACAGUGUAUGUAAACUACACCAUCCUCAAACCCCGGAAAGCAAAGCAAAUCAGGAAGAAAAGUGGAGACCGGAGAAGAGCAGAGCCAACUUACAGGAAGAACUGAAAAUCCUGGUACUGGAUGGCUGUGUUAAGCUGUUCUCCACACUCUGGCCUGGCAUCUGAGAACUAGCAAGCCUCUCUUAGGCCAUAUGGGCUUCUCCACCAAAGCUGUUUGGCAGCUCCUAGCAGACCUUCUUGUUGAAAUCCUCGUGCUGAAAAUGAACACAGCCUAGUUGCCAACCCACAUGUCCUUUUCACCUCCAGCAAGACUAAGCUUCUUUAAAGCACUUCACAGGACUAGGACCCUGUCCUGGAGCUAUCUCAGGAAAAAG